AUGAGAAAAUGUCUAAACUAUGGAAUCACUUUAGGAAACCAAGUGUAUUACUUCUACACCGGACUUACACCACUGUCAAAAUCUCAAGUGGAUGCCUCCGCUGGUGGAUCAAUCAUAGGGAAAUCAGCGCAACAAACCAUGGACCUAUUUGAGUUAAUUGUCACCAUACAUUCAAUGUUAUCAUCAAAAAGAGAGGUACCACCAAAGGUAGCAGGAAUGUAUGAAUUAGACAGCAUGAUAUCUACCAAUGCACAGAUAGCAGCUUUAACAAAACAGGUAGAGUUACUUGUAAAAUUGCAAACACAUGGAGCAAAUGCAAUGAUAGCCAGUUCAGCAUGUGAAAAUUCUGGGAGAAAUCACGCUAUAGAGAGCUGCAUGAUGCUCACUUCUUCAGAGGAACAAGUAAACUUUAUUCAAAAUAGCUCUAGUAAUUUCAACUCAUAUGGGAACAAUUUUCAGCAAGAAAGAAGACCAAGUUUGGGGAAGAUGUUUCAACAAUACGUGCAGAAGACGGACAAAGUGUUCCAACAAAUUAACACGAACUUUCAAAAUCAACAGGCAUUCAUCAAGAAACUGGAAACACAAAUUGAAACAUCACCUGCCAAAGCAUCAAAUCUAGACAAAGCUUACAUGCCUCCCAUUCCCUCUCCUCAAAAGCUCAAGAAGAACAAACAAGAUACAAAUUAUGAAAAAUUUCUUGAUGUUCUCAAGAAGCUCCAGAUCAAUGUUCUGUUCAUUGAUGCAAUACUACAAAUUCCAAGCUACGCGAAAUUUUUGAAAGAGAUGUUGACAAAGAAAAGAAAGCUUCCAAAGUUUGAAACUGUGGCAUUAACUGAGGAAAGUAGUGCAAGAGUUUAG